CGGUUUGCGACCAAAUACCGCCCAAACGACACCAGAGCGAGCCUCGGCUUGCCGAACAGUCCGCCACCGACGCGCGCGUCGGUCUACCACCACGCUGCCCCAAGCUCGGCUGCCCAGGAAGCGAUUCCAGGCUGCCCAGGAGCCUGGCCCACGCGCCGCACUUUCAGGCUGCCCAGUAGCCGCACCCAGGAGCAGCACCACCCAGCCCAUUUCCGUACGCCAUGGCCGCGACCAAGUUCGCCUUCGAGGAGCGCACGGCGCCCGUCGACUGGCCGCGCGUCGCUUCUACAGAUGUGCGGCGCCUCGAGAAGUUGGGAGACGUCGUCGCAUUGCGGGAGUUCUUGGCCGACGUGUGCGUGGGGGAUAUUGAUGAUGGCUUUGUGGACUACGAGUCGGAGCGGAGUCAACUCGAAAUGAAAGCCUUGCGCACGAGCCAGCUCGCGGCCCAGUAUUUGCUCUACGCCCAGCACGUCCUCGCGUCGCGCAAGGCGACGCUCGAAAAGGGGCACGAGCGACUGAAGAAGGCGGAAAUUCUAGAAAGGCGGCGGUAUGAAAAGAGACGGGACCGCGUCAAAUUGCUCGAGGAAGAAUUGGCAUCACAGAAUCGGUUGUGCGAGACCCACGAAAGUGUGUUAAAGUCUAUCGAUCCAAUCCUGGCGUCGCGCGUGUCGCGCGACGACAGCGGCCGCGUCGUCGUCGCGGCCGCGCCGCCGCCGCCCCAACCGAUGGCGGACGUCGACGACGCCGCGUCCGACACGUCGUCGGUCGCGCCGGCGCCGUUAUUCACGCGCGGCGGCGGCAACGGCAUGACGCUGCUGUCGCUCGCCGCGCGGCAGCCUGUCGUCGCGCGCCCUCUGUCACAACCGAUGGACCUGACGAUCCCCGCGGGCACCGAGCUGCCAUUAGUGGCGGGGAAUCCCGAGUCGACGCAGCGGCUUUAAUAUUGUACUCUUCGAGAAACCCGACACGCGGUGCCACGCACUCGCUCCAAGACGACCAGGCUCCUGACCCUACCACCGAGGUAUAAGGUAACAUAUACCGAUACCUCACCCGGCGCCCAGCGUCCAGCGUAACGCGUAGUUUUUGGGCUGCGUGCUCCCGUACGCGCCCGGGCGAUCGGAGCGGAAGGCUUCGCAUCAGUUCUCGAAGCGCCCAGCCCGGAGAGCGCUCAACGACGCCCGGGGAUCGCUGCCAGGACCAAAGUCCGGCAGAGCGCCCCAAAGUUAGCAACACGGCGACCCGCAGCAGCCGCGGCAGCCGCCCGCUGUCGGCAAAUCGCAGCCGCCCGUCGUCCGCGAGUCGCCAGCCGGAGCCGGAGCCGGAGCCGGAGCUGAGCUCUGGUGAAGUCGCGCUCGGCGUCUACCCCGAAAUCCCAAAGGUCGGCGACCCGGCCAAUUUGGAGGCGUGGGGCGCGGCGGAGGAGCGCGAAUUUAGGCGGCCGAUCGGUCAUACUGAAGACUACCGGUCGCUGCAGUACCCCGACCUCAAGUACGGUGAAGGGGAAACUCCAGCAGAAGACCCCCGCACCGUCCUCUCCUGGAAGGUACUGAGGGAGGGCAACGAGGCGGACGUCCCGCCGCCUCCUUUGAUAGCGAGGGAGGUCGUUGUGCGCGACGCGCCGCGCGGCGUACCUUGUGAUACUAUCCUCGAGACAGUAUCGUUGGACGCCGGCGCGACCUACGCCGAUUUGCGGACGAAGCUGCUGGGAUCAGCACCGGAGGGCACGACGUUGUUCUGCGUCGAUAAAGGAGAGCAGUACGUCCUGCCCGACUUGGAACCCACAAAAAUCGUGGAAACAGAAGAAGUCUGGCUCGCGCGCGAGUUCUGGCGGACAGGAGACGACUACGACAACACGCGCAAGUAUGCAUAGGAGAAGGGGCGUGGGCGUCGGCGGUCUCCGGAGGAAACAGCAGGAGCGGGAACGCUUCAAGAAGAAGGCCGAAGAAGAAUCCAGGGUUGAUGCCGAAUCGGUCGAGAAGGUCCUGGGCACGUUCAAGGCCACUCUAGCUACGUUCGCGGAGAAGCAUCGACAGAAAAUCAAAGAUGACGCUUCAUUCAGAAGCGCCUUCGCGGAGAUGUGUUAUGCCGCUGGUGUCGAUCCGUUACGAUCGAACAAAGGCUUCUGGAGCGGGUUGGGGCUGGGCGACUUCUACUACGAGCUGGGGGUCAAGGUCGUGGGCGUCUGUGCGGCGACGCGCGAAGAAAACGGCGGCCUGAUCGCUCUGGACGAUCUACUGGAUCGGCUGGACGACGACCAGGUAUCGACAGAUGAUAUUAAGUGGGCCGUGUCCAAGCUCAAGGUGCUGGGCGACGGGUUUCGCGUUGUGGGGGAUGCGGUGGUCAGCGUGCCGGCGGAGCUGUCUGAUGAUAGCGCGGUGGCGCUCGAUGUCGCCACGGCUGAUGGAAGCAUCUCGAUGGAAGACCUAGCGAAGCGCCUGCCCGGCGGCGACCCCACUCUGAGGGCGACGACGGCCCUCGCGCAAUUGAAAGACGCGGGCUUCGCCUGGGUCGACGGCGUCGACGGGAAGGUGUACCUGCCGUCGUUGUGGUUGGAUGCGCGGGCGAAGGGUCGCUAG